AUGUUCCAUCCACAUCAACCUCAAUAUCCACCCCAAUAUCCACCUCAACACCAACCUCAAUUUCAAGCUUCUGCACGUGAAGUCUGUUUGUCCUGGCUUCCGGUGUUUCCAAACACCAGUCCUCCAUCAAAUGCGAUCGAGGCUCAGUCGGGCAUUUAUGUGAUUCGCGGUCGUGAGGGACGGGAUGUGCUCCCGGGCAAAUGGACCAUGCGUAACGGAUGUGGACAGAUUCCGUUCGAUGGACGUGAAAAGGUUGUGAAUAGUUUUGAGGUGUUGUGCAACACCUCUCUGUUCCAAAACCGACAGCCAUGUACCUGGAUCCCAGGAUCUGGCGGUCAAGUUCCACCGAAUGCGAUCCAGGGUGGGAUCACGGAGACCGGAGAACCGUUAUACAUCGCUCGCGGGAUGGUGAAUAAUGAAUGGUGUGUGGGUAAAGUGCAUCCAUCCCAUGGGGUUGCCUAUUUCCCAUGGAAUGGUGGAGAGCACAAUUUACGCCAAUAUGAAGUGUUGUGCUUCACGGCUUAA